AUGGACCGACACAGUUUGCAGUAUGUUCUUAUGAUUAGCGGGCAGCAAAAUCAACUUCACAAUCCAAAUGCUAUAGUAAAUUUUUCCGAACAAAUGCAAGCAGUCAUUAUGCGUGGCUCCACUCCUCGGAAAAACUUUCUCAUCGACACCACCACUCCACGUGGAGAUGUGGUUAUUACUGAAGACUCUGCAAUGAAAUCUGUAAACAGUUGGGUUACAUUUAAGGUUACUGAAGGGAUACAAAGGGGUUUGCAUGAGUGGUCUGUGUACAUUGAGAAUCAGGGUGAGACUAGUGACGGCAGCGGCCUGAUGUUAGGAAUUAUUCCUCAAAAUUUUAACAAGUACGACUCCUUCAUUUCACAGGGAGGUGGCUGGUGUUUGAGUCGGGCCGGAAAAUUCUAUGGAAACUGGCGACGCCAAGAUUCUAAUGUACCAACACUCACUUACGGUACCGGUGAUCAUGUCGUUUUCUUGCUUAAUUAUGACAACGCUACCAUGAUGGUUCGCGUAGGCAAUACAUAUGUUAUUGGCGAAAUUCACAACUUGAGCACUGAAGUUUUCCCAGCCAUUUCUCUACACUAUCGCCAGCAAGUGGUACGCUUUGAAUACCACUUGGUGUGUGAGAAUUCUGUUACCAAGCAAUCUGACUGGAUGCAGCGUGGGGUGCUGACCUCUGCAGCUGCAUUCAUACCUAUGACUUAUGAGCACAUCGAACGGAUGCCUUUGGCGUCUUAUCUAUAUAGUGAGGCUUUCAAGAAUAGCCCCGUGGAGUGUAUUUCUUCAGAGAGAAGAGGCGUUACUAAUGAGAAGGAUGCUAAGAUUAUGCCCUAUGAUUCUGUAGAAGCUUCCCGAGCCCGUUUACUGACCUUAGCCAAUGCUUUUGCCGCAAUCCGACGCUAUACAAUGCCAUCAAGUAGGUGUCAAUUUCUCUCUCCUCAUAUCAGUGCGGAACACUUACGCCUGCGUGCUUAUGACUCCUUACGAAGGUCUCGUGGAGACGAUGCACCCAUACAUGAUGUUGGGCUGAAUUUCUGGGCAACGAUGGUUUUCAACCUCUUUUCAUCCGUAUUAAAGACAUCUGAUAGUAAUCCAAUGGCCUCCUCAUUGAUUCAAAGUCUCAAAGGCUUCUUGCUUUCAAUGCCGCCCUUUUCCCUUGCCGAAGUGUCCUGUGGCCACGGCUCAUCGUUGUUUCAAACGCACUCCUCCACAAGUAUAGCUAACAGUGGAUUGGGCGGUGAUUUAGCAUGCAUCUUUCCUGGAAUUCUUCAACUUGGUGUAAAUGAUAUCUGUCGUUUGGUAGAAACACCGAAAGGGGAAAAUAAAAAGGAGCUUAGCCCCACACAAGAAGCCUUGAUGGAGAUCAUAGUACUGAUUGCUUUGCAGAGGGGUCUGAUACACGAGGUUCUACGAGUAUGUCGUUAUCUUCUGCGCUAUCCACAGCAAUCCGUAUCACGUCCGCUUCUCGAGUGGCUUCAACACCAUGAUCAAGUGCUUCAGCCGAGUCUAGAACUUCCAGAUUUCUGCAGGGCUUGGAAUGCCUGCAAAAGUGCUGAUGGAUUAGUUCCAAUCGGGUUAUGUCCUCAUCCUCCAAUUCUUUCUGUUGCAUUCGGCAUUAUGUGUCUUUUUGUGCACACAACUGAUGGCAUCAGUAAGUGGGUGUCGAACUCCCAGGGUGCUGAAUCUCCAUUUACUAUGUCUGCCCAUACAAAGGAGCCCAAACAAUGUAAUGCUGGUGUCUCACGCUCUAGUAUGGCAACGGUCCGAGCCCAUCUUCUUCUUCUUACAGAUGUAAUGCACAAUACGGGUGUUGGGGUUGUGGUCUACACGAUAUCUUUGUCAGUGCACAGAAUUUGCCGUUUAGAUGACUUGGGAGACACCUGGCCGCGAGGACACGAAGCGUUUCCUCAGAUUGUCUCUGCUGAAGGCGACACGUUUCUUUUGGUUUAUCAAAAGCUUUGUGGGAAACUACCCACAGCGCCGAUCAACGGCACCGCAGCGCUUUCCACAGAUCUUUCUGUUCCUAGAAGCAGUACGUUUUCUCAUCCCUGUGCGGGUGCAGCUGAUCGUGCAGAGGUAAAGGUCUGUGGCUUUAGUUUUACAUCCUUUCCGACACCUUUGUGGACUACAAUACUCGAGGCGCCUCGGUUAAGUAAUUUUUCACUUCGGACUUGUUUAGUACUCAUGAAACGGAGCUACAUUGACUUAGGACCACCUGAUCUUGCUUUGCAGUCGAGCGGUGGAUACAUCACAGUGGAGUUGUGGAUAACGUUUCUUGAUAAUGAGGGCACUUUCACUUUCUACCAACACGGUGACAAAAGCACCGGUGGCGAGGUUUUUCUGGAAACCGCGCAGCUGGAUGGUGCUUUCAGCAUCCGUGGUGGCUAUCGUCAUGACACGAGGGGUUCCUGUGUGGUAUCCGCGCCGUUGCCACCCACAACCAAUCAGCAUUUUCUACAUAUUGCUUUAGUUUUUGAUGGACAGUGGGGUCUAUAUUUUAAUGGGGAGCAGGUUGCAUGGAACCGCCAGGGACCACAUGUGUUCCUUGUGUCACCCCGUCGCCGUUGGACGAUAGGCAACGGUUGCAUCUGUGAAUUGGCUGGACUACGCGUGUGGCGUGUGAAUCGCUCUGCGCGUGAGAUUGCACGCGACUAUAAACACUAUCUAGCUGGGGAUGAACCAGGGUUGCUAGUGCAGUUUUUAUUCAAUGAAACAAGCGGUAAUAUUGUUUUUAACUAUGUCAAACGGGCGUGUGCGCGGCACGCUGUCUGUGUAGGGAAUUUCUCACAUAUUGCGUGCGACUAUCAUCCUUUGCGCACCUGUGUAGGUUCUACGGGGAUCCCCCACACUAGUAAACCCAAUGGUGAUGAUGUUUAUGGAUAUAAUAGCCAUGAGGAGACCGUCAUUAAACCUUUUUGUAGUCCUAUUCAUGACUGGUGGGAUCUAACACAUGCAAGGUGUUCUGUGGUGCGCGGCUUGCUCGUGAUUGCCACCCCAGUAGGGAGCGUUUCUGCCCCAUAUCUUGUUCAGAAUGGCCACAUCCUUACCUUUUUUGAUCCUCACUCAGGGUUUAUGUAUUCUGAACAAUUUUACAUAAGUACUCAAGACCCUGCGAAAUGUUUAAUGGGUUGUGACCCUGAUGGCCGAGUUUGGGAGUUAUUCGAAAUAGAAACUGAUACAAAGCCAUCUGUAGAAGAGGGGUUCGCUCAUACGGUGCCGACAGAGAAGAAGAAGUACAUUUUUGUGUCAAUGUUACCAUUUGAAAGAGAAGAAGAUAUUCUAACGGCAUCUCCUGGCACACCAGCAGCACCCCAAUUGUCGUAUUUGUUCGCAGCAUGUUCAGAUACCACUGACUCAAUAGUGAACACCAGCCAUGAGGUGACUCAUUCUCGGAGAUUUCCUACUAGUUUAGUAGAGGGUAAGGGUGAGCAAAAUGCGUUGCCAUCCAGAAAUGCCAUAUGCACUCAUAUUCAGGGAGGACCCUCAACUGUCAGCUUCCUGGGGAAGAGUAGCCACGAUCGAGGAGAAGGAGUAAGCGGCAGACCCUCCCUGCCGUUUCGACCCCUUAACUACCUUGACUUAUCGAUAAAGUUGUUCGAGCUGCUAGGCAAACGUGCUCAGGUGGAGCCGAUGAGUGAAGUUUUGCAGUUAUUCUCACCACUUGCGGAUGACGUCGGACGACCGUGUGUGCAAGAGAUUACGAAAACCUUCCAGGAACACCUACGGUGGAUCAAAGGACCCGGCGCGCCACGGGCUGUUGCACUUUCGUCUAGUUCCUCUUCGAAGAUCCUUCAUUGGGCAUUGAUUAUCUUUUUGCGAUUGAUUCGUCGAGCGCGGGGUUACGGUCUCCAUCCAUUAGCCCUCGGCCUAAAUGUCUGUGAGUGUGAAACGACUUCUGAGCUUUUUGCGACAGUCUUAAGUGGCACUCACGCCACGUUAUCUUCGAGGAGUUUAUCGUCAAGUACUCUGAAUAAUACAGGUGCCCGUACCGAGCCUGACAAACAAGACAGCCUUCUGUUGCCUUCUCCUGAUGCAGCCUUACAGUCCAUGAACGACGGCACGACGCUACUUGCUAUUUUACACGACAUCAUAUUCGAAAUAGGAACUCAAACACAUUUUCAUUUGGGACAGUUGGCUCAACAAAUCCUAAUGGAAAGUAUGUGUAUCUUCAUGCCGAAUGCUCAGUAUAGGGCUGGCAUAUUGCGAGAUUCACUGGCAAGCAUUUCCAUGACUGGCGUAGACACAUUAACGACCCACACUAUUCCUUCAAAAGGAUCACCGAUGACAGGUUCAGAAGAGGCCUUCGCCUGGGUGCCAGUUUUGGAUGGCAUUGUGUGCAGCUUUUCUACUCUUUAUUCCGUUGUUCCUCUGCUAUAUCCUGAUUUAGCGAACGCUGAUGUUUCAAUACCACGAAGCCAUGGGGAAGAGUCUCAGUUGGUAUCCGGUGCAGCUCUAAAGGAUAUUAUUGCUACUCAGCAGGCACUCAUGAAGUUGUCUGUAACGCGGCAGAGGUCAUUGCUUUCUAGCUGUUCAACUGAAAAUAUUCAUGGUGACCCAGCCCAUCAACGGAAAAAGCCACCAUCCGGCUCUCCAUUUUCUACAUAUUUUUCUACACAACUUCAAAUGCUAGACAAGACAGGUCGAUUUUUGGCACUUCAGGAUGCCAUUGGCUCCUUACAGCUUUUGCUUUUCAGCACACUUUGUGCAGAUACUAGUGGGUUUGGCCUGUAUCUUCAUAAGGUAUUGCCCCGACAAGGUAAUAAUGUUUUGACUUCAUCCUUAAAUGAGCUUCUGUCUAGAUCUGAUAAGAAGAACAUUAGAAAUGCAUCAACUUUCAACCCAAAGCCUCUGCAACAUGAUAAAGCGGAUGAAGGCGCUGCUGUAAAAAACUGGGUGCGGGACUACUAUAGCGUUUUCUUUGAAUUUGCCACAGAGUCUCUAAAGUUCACAAAAAAGUUCAUGAGCGCGACUAUACAAUCAAAAAAAGCUCAUGAAGUGGUCACAACGGGGACUAAAGCGGAAAGUAUCCUGAAGUAUGACAGCUUAGAAGGCGUUCUUUCAGAGUUAAAACUUUAUGUGCCCGACUCUGUGUUGCAUUUGGCUAUUACCGCAAUCCCUAUUUUACUUCAACGUUCCGAUGCUUCAUGGUUUCUGGAUCGCCUUCAUAGUCUGAUCCCACUGUGUAAAGACGUGCAUAAUGAAAUUUGCAACUUUUCUGUAGAAAAAGUCACGGUCGAAACGCAUCCAACGCAUGACAUUCGUGCCUGCACCACAAGUCAAAAUAAUGAAGUGUUGCAAAGCCCUAGAGAGGAGUCUGCACUUGAAGCAUUGUACAAGGCCGUGGUCUUCACCGCAUCAUGCAUCGCAACGAGUAUGGUGUUUUCCUCUUCGUCUACUUCUUCACUCUCUGAUGUAAACAAGUUAUCCAACACAAACACCAUGCCGACAAGUGGUGUCUUACCGUCACCGAUGAUGCCCUCCGAUACUGCUUUCGGAUUGCCUCUCUCUCGAAACUCCAACGACGCCAGGCCUACACAUUUUAUGGAUCCUAUUCGCGAAUGUAUCGAUAACGCAACUUCCGAGGUGCAAGCAAUCAUAAAGAACCCAUUACUCUCAGAGGGCGUAGUGCAGACUUUUUUUGAUGAAGCACACUCUCUGAGAGCUUUGCCUGUUCUAAAUAAGCGAAGCCGACGCCAGAGAUUACUACUCGAUGUAUUAAAAUCUAAUGAAUCUCAUUGGAUUGCUGUUCAACGCAGCUUCGACGCGCUAGCAUCUAGGAUUCCUGAUAAAAUAGCCACCAUUAUGGCGAAUUUAGCUGCUAUUUCCAUUUAUUUAAGUAAUGAGCCUCUUCAAACCACCGGUAAUCAAUCCGAUGAAACUGCAAAAUCGCUUAUGGAACAUGUUCUGCGUCGUCUAACUCCCGUUCGAAACGAGAUCCUUUUACGCUAUAGCAAAGAAUCAAAGAGUUCGACUACUCCUUUUAACAUCCUGGAUGAGGUGCGGUACCGUGGCAACAUUUUGCUUUCUAUUACUUGUUCCUUAGAUGCCGCGGUAAGCGAUGACAUUUUGUAUCUCUUCCCGCGAAAUGCCACUGUUGAUGUUCCGUCUGCUUUUCCAACACAACCGAGGCAGCGAUGGUUGUGGGUGCGUCGCCGUCUGAGGCUUUUAGCCAUCCGGAGACGUGUUGAUGUUUGUCAAAAUGAUGCUUUAAGUCUUAGCUCCAGCAUUAAUUUAGUGCAUCAGGUCGCCUGCUCUAUUAGUUUCAGUGCAGAUGAUCUUAUAAAUGCUUAUCGGGAACGCGAGGAGUUUGCGACCCUUCGCCUUCGGGGCUUAACCCAGCUGUUGAGCUUAAUGCAAACUCAGCCGUCUUGUACGGAGAAUAUUUCCUUCCUGUUAAGUGGUGGUUUUGGACACCAACGACAACUCCACUCUGAGGACAGUCUCAGGGGCUGUCGGCGUGGUUGUGUUUGGAAACUACGUAGUGUUGAAUACGACAUUUUGUGGCAUUUUAUGAAGUACACAAAGGAUCGUUCUUGCUGUAAUCGGGAAGGAAUAACCACAAAAUGGACAUCCGAGUCACAUAAGAAGGAAUGUGAAGAGGGUCUUACAAGGGAUAUUUCACCGCCGGUGCUUUGUGCAGCCCUGAGGCUCACUUGGCAACCUCGUGGCUUUGCCUUUCUCUGUAAAUAUAAUGUUGUGGAAUUCAUCUUUAGAACUUACAUCUCAAUUUUUGUUGAAAAUCCAAAGAAAUCUGUGAAUCAUUCACUUCCGCCCUUGCAUAAAGUCGAUCUUGUGGCACGCCAACAUCUCCGAGAAGUGUAUCAGUUCAGGACGAAGAUGCGUCAAACGGUCUCUACCUCUUCUAAGCGGCCAAUUUCACGGGGAAAGGAGCAGUUCACCCCGGGGGCGAUAAAUGGAGGUGACAUGGAUUCCUUAGAAGGUACACUAGAACGGACUCCACACGAACAAGCAAAGUACAUGACUCUUGACUGCAUCAAACACUUGGGUCUGCGAUGCGCGGCAGCUUUGCAGAAUAAAAAUCUAACCUGCACCGAGCAAAUGGCCUGCAACAUGUUCCUCAUGCAUUUUGUGCAAAUAAUUAUAGAAGAAAUGAAUUUAUGCCUUUCCUACGUUCAGCACAGUACACAGGAGUUUCAACCGAAUCAGCUCUUACAAGGAUGCCAGAACCGGGGCGGUGGAGGGAAGAAAACAUCAUGCAUAUAUUCGCCAGAACUUAGCAUCGUGCUGGAGCAAAUCGAGGUUUUUUCAAGUCUUCUUUCUACCAUAAUGGGUGCCUUUUCUCCUUCUUACAUAUUCAAUGAUGCUGCUCUGAGCAAUGCUGUUGCUGCUGCCGCUUCGCUUUUUUAUCACUUAAUCUCUUUAGAGGUUUCAUUGUGGUCCAAAGCCCUUUCUGAUGAUGGGUUUUCCACACACACGUCGAACAAUGCUUGCGAUGAGAAGAGUGAACGCACAGAGCUCAAGUUCCUUACCCUUACGAAGCUAUCCGCACAGAUCCGUUUAAUUGGGUGUAUGCUCAUGCACAUUUCACCAGAAAUAGCGAAUGAAUGUUUUGCGUGUAGUAAAAUUAAAGAACUUUGCGCUCUGUAUAUAGUGGACCUCUCUCUCGAAGCACGAAGAGGAAAAAGUCCGAACUCAGCAUUUCUAUCACUCUUUGCUUUUGCCGUACGAUGUCUUUCCACUACAGGAAUUAGCAGCCUCUCAAAGCACGCUUUAUUAGCUCUUCGGCAGCUCCUUACCCAGUUGGUCUGGGCGGCGGAGCUGGAGGGACUUGCAUCGAUCUUCAAAAUGGACUUAGAAGCGCACAACACCUCCUCGGCAAAGAGUACUUCGCAACCGAAACAGGAUUUCGAUUUACCAAGUGAAGAGGCACGUUGCAUGAACUCCUGGAGGCUCCUAAGUUGGGUUUCAGCACUGGGAGGGUGGAUCCCGCUUGUGCCAUCGGAGGGGAUGCGUGUGUAUUUUCAUGAGGAAGGCAAUAGUGCUAUCGUUGAAGGCUAUUUAAUUGACGGUGCUGAGGGAAACGAUACUGUAACUGUAGUCCCCACUCAACGCGCUUGCGGUGAUAUGAGAGACCUUAUUAAAGGGCGCUUGCUUUUUACCAGCGUCUGUCGCGAAGUUGACCCUACCAGGAAAAAUUAUACCACACCUUCGAGUGUUUCUAAGGAUUGUAAUAAUCCAGUAGUUUUUGGAGAGGAGUACCAGGUGAAGCGAGAUUUCAUACUCCAGCCUUCUCCUCUUGAGCCCUCAGCCCUGGCACCGUACGAAGGAAUCGUUAACGAUUAUAUCGUUCCCGCUGUUGCGCACUUUUUACCAGAUCAACAUGAUAGAAGCCACCUGAUGAGCUUGGAUUUGGUAGAGGUGGUUGUCCUCGGCGGGUUUGUGCAGAUGUCUUUUCAAUGCGCACUGACGCAUCCCCCACUCUUCGACGAACUCCUUGAGAGUGAGAUUUUUUUACUAAUGAGACGCUUUGCGUGUAUCCACAAGCCACAUUUUCCAAUGCCUAUGGAUUAUAUUGGCGAUUACGCAGGUCGUGCCUUACACAGAUUCAUAACCUUACUCCGUUUGGAGUACUCACAAAAUAGACAUUUAGGAGUCGCUUCAGAUGCCCCCAAAGAUAACAAAGGAAGUUUAAACGAUCCUAAAAGUCCCAAGCGUAGCGGUGGUGGUAUACCCGCGCAUGAUGGUGAAAUUAAAUCCUUUUUAACACAUGCCUCUCCGGAAAUCCGAGCGACACUACAAUCUCAACAGCGUAUAGCGUCGUUACUGUCAAACUCAUUCCUUUACUACGAUGUGACGCCGUUGAGUCAACUUUCUGAUUCACUUGGCACCGGGGUGAGUUCUGGAGUCCGGCCCAUUUUUUUUCACCCUGAUGCUUCUCACUUUCAAAACGCUUGCUUUCUUCGGGAUCCGACAAAUCUAUCGGAGGCGAUGUAUCGAAGAGGCUCAACUGAUCACAUUCCCUGGCCUUCCUCAUUGGAGGAAGGGGAUAUGACCGACUCUGAGCAGCGACUUCACACAAUUGCUAGUGCAUCCCGUUCGGAGAGACAGACCUCUGCGCUUUGUUUCUGCCUUCAAAAUCCGGAAAACUGUGCACCGCUCUCUGAUGCCAAAGUUGUCAUCGAGCCCAUUGAGCCCCGUACUCGCUCAUUCCCAUUGUGGGCAAAUGCCAUUGCUUUCGAGGCAUCCAUAAUGCUUAGGGACCAACUGUUUCCAAUGCUUGGUGAUUGUUGUGCUAUUCCGUCACCACAGUUUUCCUCAACAUCUGUGUGUACGCGAGAGGCUUUGCCGGGUCGGAAACGCGAUGCGAAUGUUUUCUCCAUCUUGACCGUCUAUGCGUCCGUGGAUUCACACUCAACAAGCAACACUAACGGAAACGAUCAAAAGGAGCCCGAUGGGCUGGUUUCAUCCGGCGCACCUAUCUUAAAGUUGUUUGUUGAGAAGGGGAAUCUGAAAUGUACAGUGGAUAUACCUCCUAAUCUAUUAGGAAGUACCAAGCAAAGUAGUAGUCUGCUUCUCAAUAGUAAUGAUACGAGUAAACUUGUUGAGUGUAGUUUGCCUCUGAAAGCCAAACACUGGAACUGCUUCAUGCAUGUUGCGGUAAUAGUGGAUGCCCAACGUUUAACUCUGGCUCGAGCGGGUGAGGUCACGUCUGUGCCGCUUCCUUUAGCCAUACUUAACGAGCUUACCUUCAUUUUCCAAACCAAGGGACUUGUACGUUAUCUUGUUUUAGGCAACACCAUACCUCCGGAUGACUCCCCCAAAUCUGCCACCAAUACUCAAAGUGAGAAUACCACCUCGCUGUCCCCAGAGACGGAAAGUAUGUUAGGCAAUCAGUACCAGCAAAUAGUCUUCAUCACAAGUUUUCGAAUGACAAAUUCUACACUUUUUUUGAAAACUGCCAUUAAAGACAUCGCCGAGAUGGUGACACGUGACCAUAUACUGAUUAACCUAAAUGAUUCUUCUGAAGGUAAUACAUGCCUAUUUCAACUACGUGAGGGGACCGGUGAUGCAAUCGGAUCCUUUUGCCGGCAGUUUAGAGGCAAACUCUCGGGCUUCGUUCGAUGGACUAGUUGUCCAUCUCACCUGGCCUCUUUCCUGUUCGAUCUACCAGACAAACCACUCUUGGUCUCGAAUCGCGAUGAGCCCUUUUUAUUUCCUCAUGAAGAGGUCACCACCUUCAUGAAUUCUCUCGAUUUUAAUGGCAUCACGCUCAUUACCACCCAGUUGGUGUGGUCGAUGGUAAUUCGCUUAUUGCAGGCGACUGUGAAGCAAGCUAUGCAACAAUCUCUGAGUCCCGACUAUCGCUUGCACGUGCUGUGUGGUCAAAGUUCGGAAAGAGUCCGGCGGCGGCAACAGCAGGACGGUAAUCGUCUUGUGCUCACAGAGUCCAAUUAUUUCAACCCUUUUCGUAUCUUUAACUACUCCCAACUUGCACGACAAUUGGUUGAUCUAUUCUCUUAUGGUGAUGAAGACUAUUUGCCGGUUAACAGCGCGAACAUGUUGUGUGAUUUCAUGCAUUACGUGAUACAGUAUUUUCAUUCAACGAACCAGACCGAUUGGUAUGAGGAGCUUAUAGAGGAAAUGGCACUCACUUUGAAGUUAAUGCUCAAUUUAGAGGAAGAAGUUUUUCAGAUGGAAAUACCCCUUACGGUGUGUAUGACUGGCAACGACAAUAGCAAUUGCGAUAAUACUCACAGCAGCCCCACGGCCAAGAGCGAUCCAAAGUUACCUUUACUUAUGCCACUUACACUCCUUUCUGGUGGCAAAGGCCGUGUGAAGAUCGUAUCCACCAUAAAUGGUAGGUGUGAACAACUUACCGUUUUCAGAGAUCGAGCUCUGAAAAAUGUAUUGGUGAAAUAUCCUGACCUUCAGGGCAUAUGGUCCGAUACUGAGACGCCUCUGAUACCAGACCGAUGCAUGCCCUGGUUCUACUUCAGCGUCACCCCUGCCUCGCGACCGUCGCCGCAGUCACUGGGUGGCCCCUUUGCGUCGCAGUUAGGAAGGAAACUAUGCUUAGUUAUUACAGUUAGCAGUUUUCGAGGUGUUGUCAUGGACAUCCUUUUUUCUGCAUUCACACAGGACAUUAAAAAGGCAGCAGCGCUACAAGCUUGCAAAGACCGUUCAGAUGGAUCGAAAUGUCUUAAUGUUGCCCAAAUCGAACGUUAUCUUCCAGCAUUUUUGAACGCUACCAUGGUCCAUUACCUGGCAAACUGUGGUGCUUCUUCUCAUGUGCCCAAAGAUCGUUAUAUCCGUUACCGUACACAUGCCAUAAACAUUCUUGCUUGCCUUUUCGAUCUAUGGGCAUCAUUUCCACAUCUGCAGCCUCACGAUCAUGUUCCCCUAGACGUGUCCUUAUCGCAUAUCAACGUCUCCUUCAUGGAGGCUUUAUACCACCGCGGGAGGUCGAUAGGGUUGAGCUUUGAUCACGCAAACGCCAUGACCUCCAGCUUGGGUGUUUAUUAUUCUUGCGUCCAUUCACUUUUUGCAUUGAUAUUUAACGCAAUUCAUCUCGAUUGCUUGUGGGCUAAACAGUCAUUCCGACAGCGUGUGGCAAAUGGAUGGCAUAAAAUUCUGAAGGUAUGGGGAAGCUGCGCGACGCCACUGUCUAAUGAGGAGACGGCCCUAUUCACCACCGCCUCUCGUGAGUCGAGCAAGACCAAGGUUCAACUUUCUAUCGAUGCAGUGCCACCACUGGAAGUCUCCACUAUUUCCCAUAGUCCAGACAGUGGUAAGACCGCUAGGAAGACCAUGUGUCCUUUACAAGUUUCGUCAUUAACAUCCAAUAGGGUUGAUUCUAUUGAAAACAACAUGGACAUGAUGCUGAAUACGCCUGAUGUUCGAUAUGGGGGGCAUAUUGUCACUAUGAGGAUUCUUCAACCUUCCCAUAAGGCUCUUGCCUUGACCAGUGCCUCGGUGUCCUGCACAGCUCUUGGAAACGGAGAGUGGCGUGUGCGGCGUAGCAGUGGUGAAGCAGUGGCCAUCAGUUCAUUUGGAUUUUCAUCUGGACGGUUUUACUUUGAAGUGCGACUCUCAGAGACCGAAGGGUCUGUUUCAGUUGGCGUCAUUACAGACCGCAUCCAGUUGAACAAGUCCAGUGUCGGGACGAUUGGAUCUUAUGUAGACUCAUGGGGGUUUGAUAUCACCCAUCAGUGCUUGCUGAUCGAGGGCUAUCGCUCUGAACUAGAGGAACACAUCAAUUGGGCUCCAGGCGACACCAUGGGCGUGAUGAUGGAUCUUGAUCAGAAUGAGCUAAUAUUCUUAUACCAUGGGAAACGAAUAGCGGAGCUUAAAAUGCAUCGCAAGCAAGCCUUCACCUCCAAAUCUCCCAGAUCCUUGCGCACUGUCUGCAGCUAUUUUCCAUGCGUAUCAGUGAAUAGUUGUAUGUGUGUUGUGAAUCUAGGCGAAGCACCCUUCACGGAAAACCUUCCAUUAGGCUAUUUGCCGGUGAACCCCAAGCUCUACUGCAAUCCGCAGAUAUGCUUAUUUUGGUACGCCAUGAUCGCCGUCCAAUGGGUAUCCGACAUAGACAAAAAGAAGGCGAAUGAUGGUACGGUUCAGCAAAGCUUCUCACCUGACAGUGCGUUCCAAACGGUGCAGAGCUCCAUUCAGAAGUAUUGUGAAGGACGUGACGGACCGCUCUCAAUAGACAUUUUAUGUUCUGCGCCCCACGUGUGUGUGAAUCGUCACACCAACGAAAUCUAUACAGAGAACCAAACUCCAGGGCCGUGUGUUAUGCAAGGAGGCGUUGCAGUCCGCCGUGGCCGUUGGUACUACGAAAUUCUUUUGAAAGGAAUCAUUGAUCUCAGCGUUGGGUGGACUGUUGCCGAGACAAAUAGAAGCCGGGGAGGGGGGAGUGCGGGAGGUAAUACUAGAGUUUUGGGCGAUGACAGCGAAUCGUGGGUCCUUGAAACGGAACGCAUGGUGGUCCGGCAUAAUGGGCGUGUAACGCGUCUACGGCAUCAUAACUGGCGUGAAGGCGAUGUCCUAGGUUGUCUGCUGAACUGCGAUUCUGGCACAAUGAGCUUCACCGUGAAUGGAAGGCUGGUGUUGGAGGUGCACGACAUCGAAGGGGAUGGGAUUUUGUUCAAAAAUGUUGUCUGUCCGAAUGUAGGUCUUUCACCCAUUGUCAAAGCGCACUAUAUGCGGGGAUCCAUAGCAUUUCUCUGCAAUCGACGCGAUUUAUUAUACCCGCCUGGAAAAUCAUACAAGCCCAUCGGUGCCCAAGACGUCAUCACAGACGCCAUGCGGACCUACUAUCUCUCUGUGGAGGAUCACCACGAUGCGAUUGGUAGGCAGUCAUAUUCACUUUCUAAAUUAGAAAAAAUGGCGUCCAAGAUGAGCAGAAACAUGGAUCUUAACCUUCAUAAUUUUUCUGCACAUGGCCUGUGCUAUGCGCUCGAACCCUCAAAUCUUGUGUACCCCAAUUCUACAGGCAUUGAGCUGGAAAGUGAGGUAGACAUCCGAUGCCAUGAUGCCACUCUCCAAGGUGUCACCCAUACAACUUCCAUCGUUUCGACCGAAACUGGGGUCAGUUCGAUGAAGGGCUCGCUUGAGAUACUCAAAUUAUUUUCUAGUGCAACCGAGGGGCUGAUGGGCUUCGCUCAGGAAGUGUCUAUCCCGAACCGAAUCGACUGCAGCCUCGCUUACCCGGUGUAUAUGAGCCCUUUUAGGGAUUCUCUGUAUCAAUUAAGCCGAUUCGCAUUACCCUACUUAGGGAUUCGUACAAUACGCCAUGCGUUGCAAGAGACCAGCAACACUACUUGCGAGACUUUACGACUGCGAGUAAAUCGUCGCAAGGCGCUUGCGACCAUGCAGGCCAACGUCCUCAACACACCAUCGACCCUCUCGAUUUGUCUGCGUGAGAGUUUGUUUGGUCAAUUUUUUUCUCUACUAGCGGAUAAAGAUCCCAAGUUUUAUUGCCGAAAUCGAAACCUAUGGACGGUGAGCUUUUACGGGGAAGGUGCCGAUGAUGUGGGUGGUCCCUAUCGUGAAAGUCUCUCUCAAUUGUGUUCUGAGCUCAUGAGCACCAAACUUCCUCUUUUUAUACCCAUCCCCAGUCAAGUGUCUGACAUAAGCGGGCAGUGGGAUGCUUUUGUGAUACAUCCCCUCUUGGCACCCCCGGUAAACACCGCGAUGUACCGUUUCAUCGGGCGAUUGAUGGCGGGAUGUUUGCGUGGGGCAGAGCCACUCUCACUUUACUUCCCAAGCUUCAUAUGGAAGUUCUUGGUGGGUGAUCCUAUCGGCAUGGAUGAUCUGGCACGGGCUGACUCGGCGACCUUGCGUGCACUCCAAUAUAUCGAAAACUUGGUUUCAUCGGCCUCUUCGACCGAGGAGGAGGUUAAAAACAUCGAUGAGGAGCUAUCAACCGUACUGUGCCCUGGUGGCUUCGUGGUACAAGACGAUAUUGGGAUCGAACAUGAAAUGAUUUACAACGGCCGAAACAUCGUGGUAAAUCAUACCAAUGCACUUGAUUACGUGCGUCUGAUGCUAUCCUUCAAACUGAAUCGACUGGUAUCCGCGCAGCUGUACGCGAUGCGCGAAGGGCUUAUUCAGUCGGUCCCGCUUUACGCCAUUUCAAGCUUAAAAUGGUUUGAGCUUGAGGCGUUGGUUUGUGGACAGCGAGACUACGACCCAAAUGCACUAUUGGACGCAGCCCGCUACGAAAACCUGGAAUCGAACGACACUAGAGUGGUCUAUCUGCGGCAGGUCUUGUGUGGCUUCACGCGGGAGCAGCGGGCGCUCUUCGCACGCUUUGUUAGUGGCCGUGAGUGCUUACCGCAUGGAAUUCAACUCAAGAUUCUACCGGAUCGCUCCAACGCAGGGCCAACGGGAGGUCAACACUUUAUUCAACGGCAACUGCCACCCGAAUCGUUCUCACUGCAGGUACCGCCUGAAACGCACCAGAGGGAAUCCGCUCCCUCCCUAUCGACGCAAGCGGUUAUGGCAUCUUCUGAUCAGGAUAUGGAGGCAUUCGAUGAUGACCGUCUGCCUCAUGCUUCAACCUGUUUUUACUGGUUGACCAUUCCUCGAUACAGUUCGGUGGAGGUUAUGCAUGACAAGUUACUCUACGCUAUUGAACAGUGCAUUGAUAUUGACGCCGAUUUUCGUGUGUAUGAUGAAGAAGUCGGGGCUCAGCUAGAUCGACCGACCUUGACUAGAGUGACUUUGGAAGCUGAAGACGAGUUUGAGGAUUUUUCCCACUUACUCUAG